AUGGACUCAAGCGACUUUGAUGUCGCUCUGAAGCUUUUCUUGGAGGAUAUUACCAGGAUCGAGGCGGCACAAAAGGGGAAGAACCGUGCCGGUGUGCAAAGCGAUAAUGAAUACGCCGUCCAGUGUAUGAAAGACCAACUCUUAUCGAUCCAAACCGCGAAAGACGACAGGAAUGUUGCCCUUAGUACAUUGAGAGCAGUAACCACUGAUGCAAAUGCUCUUCUCUCCAUCCGGCGUGACGAAUACAUUGCCCUGAACGACCAUCAGUAUGCUCUCGACCUUGAACGCGGUGAUCAGCCCGAUUCAGCAAUCCCAUACUCGUUAAAGUUUGCGCAACACACCGAUACGAUUUCUCUAGCUAUGGGAGACCUGAUCCGUCGCAUGAAAAAGAAGGAUCUGGUGGACAAUGGCGAAGGUUCUUCUUACUUGAACAUUAUCACCCAAAAAGUCAAAGUGAAGUGCACCGCUUGCCUGGAUGAGCGGGAGGACAUCACGUUUUCUGGGAGAUGUGGCCAUCAGUAUUGCCAGGAGUGUACGCGAAGGUUGAUUCUCUCAACCCGAAACGAAGCAUUGUAUCCACCCCGUUGCUGUGGUCAGGUCCUACCACCUAUCAUUGUGCUCUCCGUUUUGAGCUAUGAGGAGCUCCGAAAAUUCAGCGACAAAGCAGUUGAGUACAACACAGAGAACCGAGUGUACUGUGCGGACCCAAGGUGUUCUCAAUUCAUUCCUCAGUUUGCUAUUGACGACAGGAAUGCAACCUGUCCAAGGUGUUUCAAGAUUACGCAUCUACCAUGUCGCUCAUUAGCCCACCCAGGCGCUCCUUGUCCUAAAAACAACACACGCCGUGAAAUCUUCGAGAUGGCAAGAACAGAGAAGUGGAAGAAAUGUUCCAAGUGCAAGAAUAUGGUUGAGCUGUUGCUCGGAUGUAACCAUAUCACCUGCAUGUACGCUUACUCCCUGCAUUCCUCGUCGUUGAGAUAG